ACGGGGAGCGGCAAAGGUUUAGGAUGAAGUCGCCGUUGGACACGUGCACGGUGACCCUAUUUUCUCGCCAACGAUAUCGUGCAGAGGCCUUCCGUUCACCCUUGGAAACCACUUUCUAAAAACAGACAGCAAACGCCAGCGCAGGCACUUGAGCCACCAGCGACGUCCAAGCUUGAAGUCACGGCGAACAUCAUUGUGUAUGUUUCUGUUCGUGCUACAUUCGACACGGAAGCUGUUGACGAGAGAAAUCGAGGAUUGGUGAAGCAGCAAGUACGAGCCUAACACGCACCAUCGCGCAGAUUUGAAUGGGUCAAGCUUGGCACGCAGGAGUCGCCCGACUCGAGCCGCAUCCACCCCAUCCUCAGCAGCGCGACACUCUUAUUCACCACCAGGUAAAACCAAAUGCCGAACCCGACGAAGCAUCGGAACCAGCGCCAACUCUGCUCGAAGAACGACAAGUCGACGCACUCGGCGAAGGUUGCGCUCCCGGCAUACGGCGAUGUAUCGAAGGUGGAUGCAUGGCCUGUGUCGUGAUGUCGCGAACUGUGUUGGGUUGUGGUCGAGCAAGUGGAUCUCGACCAUUUGCGCGCCGAAUCGAAGCGGUACAGCAAAAAGGCCGCAAGGAUCGACCCGCGCGACACCUUCCAGAGAGUGCGGAAGCUGCGGAUCAAAGCAUUUGACUUUAUAGAGGUCGUCUGUGGUGUUGUCGCCGCAGUGCUUCCCUCUAACUCUACGGCAACUAUGUGCCUUUGAUCGCUGUAAUCGACAUUGAGG